ACACUAAAUCAAAACCAUGAAAUGACCAUCUUUAAACCUCGUUACAUAUAACGACUCAAACCCUCUAUAUUUUAAACCAAUUAAUUUUCUAAUAACCGACUCUUAAGAUUAAUGUACGCAACUGUACACCAUCCCACCAUCUCCGGACUCUUGGUCUGAUGCCAAGUGACGUCAUCCCAGGUACUCCACCACUUACAAAAUGGCGGCGGUUACUAAAAUAUCUAUUGUAUAUACGACAUUUUACACUUAAAAGGGUGUAUCGUUAAGAAAGACGUAUGUGCCAUUAAAGGUAACAUGAGAUAAGACGUUUUGGCGUAGCGGAUCAAUGUUGUGGGCACGCAUAAAAUGCUACGCGGAGCGGCUACGGGCGCCAAAACCGUAGAACCACCGUUACGGCGUAGACGCGCUACGCGACGCGACCGGGUGCAAACUUAGUUCGUUCGUGUAUUUGGGCCACAGCCAUGAAGACCGGCUACCGCAACCUGCUGGCGAUGACUGUGAUGUGCCUGAUGAUGGGCGCCGCCGCCAACCCGGCCAGGAGGUCGCAGGACAUCGAGGCCAGGCGUCGGAGCGCGGUGGACCGGAGUCUGAUCAGGUUCGGCAGAUCGUAUCCGGCAGAACCAUCCGCGGCAGACAUCCGAGAACAGCUGCAGCGUCCCGUACGGCGAGGCACCAGCUUCCUCCGCCUCGGCAGAUCUCAACCCUUAACCAUGAAUUCUGACGACCUCAUAUCCCUCUUAAGAUCUUACGAGGAAUACGAAGAACCAACCAAGAGGGGAACCACCUUCAUGAGACUCGGAAGGAGCCCGCAGUUCAUGAGGCUCGGCAGAUCCGGUGAGAAAUCUGAAGAACCUGGUGUGUACCAAGAAAGGAAGAGCAGGGCUCGGAACCAGUUCUUGAGGCUUGGGAGGGAUAGUGAGGAAUUUAACGAGGACGAGGAAGACGAGGAGAGUAGAAAGAAGAGGGAGGCGUGCAAAGAGUGUCAGGCGUAAUCGUGUUGUGGUUCAUGGCUUGAGGU